UAUAAACCCUAAACUUUCUGUUCCUUCUCUUCCAAACAUUUUCUGAAAAAAACUCCCAAGAAAUAUAUUUCUCGAUUUUCCUUCUCUCCAAACGGUCCUGCUUUUCUUAAAUAUUCCAACAUUUUCUAGGAAAAAUAAAAAAGAAGGAUGUGUGGCGGUGCCAUCAUCUCCGGCUUCAUUCCGGCGAACAAAUCCCGCCGGUUGAUCGCCGAUUACCUCUGGCAGUCCGAUUUCAAGAAGAACCCUAGCAAUUACUACUCCAAGCCCCUGAGAUCUGACAUCGUUAACCUCGACGAUGACUUCGAGGCCGAUUUUCAGCAUUUCAAGGAGUGCUCCGAUGAUGAGGACGAGGACGUCAAGCCCUAUGCUUUCUCUGCUUCAAAGUCUGCCCUUUCUCAUGGAUCUAAAUCUACAAAAUCUGUGGAAUCUAAUGGGGAAGCCGAAAAAUCUUCUAAGAGAAAGAGGAAGAAUCAAUAUAGAGGGAUCCGACAGCGCCCGUGGGGUAAAUGGGCUGCGGAGAUCCGUGACCCGACGAAGGGAGUGAGGGUUUGGCUUGGAACUUUUAACACUGCAGAAGAAGCUGCUAGAGCUUAUGAUGCUGAGGCACGGAGGAUUCGUGGCAAGAAAGCAAAGGUGAAUUUCCCUGAUGAAGCUCCACCAAGUGCCCCAAAGCGGACCAUCAAGGCAAAAACUCAGAAAACGAUUCCCAAGGAAAGCCUGCAAUCUGAUCAACUCACUCUGAACCUGAACUUCAAUUUCACAAACAACACAGAUUACUAUGAUACCUUGGGUUCAGUGGAAGUGAAACCGCCAACUAAGCAGUAUGGAUUUGCUGAUACCUACACUGGUGCUGGCGAGGUUGGACUCGAUUCAUUUGGUCCAUCAGAUGGGUCCACCCUUUAUUUUAGUUCCGAUCAAGGAAGUAACUCUUUUGGUUGUUCUGACUUUGGGUGGGGAGAACAUAAUGCAAAGACACCUGAAAUAUCAUCUGUUCUGUCAGCGACUGUAGAAGUUGAUGAAGCUCAAUUUAUGGAAGAUGGUAACCCUACGAAAAAACUGAAGUCUGAUGCAGGGAACGUGGCACCUGUUGAAGAAAAUGCUGUGAAGAAUUUGUCUGAAGAGCUUUCUGCUUUCGAAUCCCAGAUGAAUUUCUUUCAGAUUCCAUAUCUUGAGGGAAAGUGGGAUGGCUCGGUGGAUACAUUCCUCAGUGGUGAUGCGACUCAGGAUGGUGUGAACCCUAUGGAUCUGUGGACAUUUGAAGACCUUCCUUCUAUGUCAGGAGGAGUUUACUGAGCAACAUCUGCCCCUUAUGCUGGUUUUCUGUAAAUAAGUCUACAUGUGUCUGUUGUUCGUGGAGAUGGGAGGACAAACAGUAAAACCAUGCCUAGGCCUUGGAUGGGACGUUUUUUAUAUGCUGUUGGUAUUUUGGAGGGAGAGUACAUAGGUAAUUAGGUUUACUUUGUAUGAGACCUUGAAUUUAGGUUUUUGAACAUGAAAUCUGUAUGGAUGAUAAUGACAUGUGAUGAAACUAUUUGGUAUUACUGACUAUCGCUCCUUGUUUGUUUC